AUGGCUACCCUCACCCAGGCCUUGUCCACUGGACUCAGCCCCAUGGAGGCCAAUUCCACCAAACACCGCGGCCGCAGUGCUGACCAGAUUGGACAUGCUUCGACCGGCAGUACUCCAACCCACUCCAAUGGCAAUACUCCAACCCACUCCAAUGGCAAUACUCCAGCCCACCCCAAUGGCAACACUUCCACCCGGUCUAACGCCGCACCACGCAAGCGCAGCAAAGACAGCAAGUACCGCCACGUCUUUGCUACACACGCAGACACUCGCACCUCCUGUCUGAGCCACGACUCGGACAACACGCCCAGCUUCGUCGGCUUCAGAAACCUCAUGAUCCUGGUCUUGAUUGUGUCCAACCUGCGAUUGAUGAUUGUCAAUCUCCAGAAAUACGGCGUCCUCAUCUGCAUCAGCUGUCACGACUAUCGACGUUCAGACGUCAUCACCGGCCUGCUCCUCUACCUGCUUGUCCCUGCCCACCUCUUCGUCACCUAUCUCAUCGAGUUGCUCGCAUCGUGGCAAGCCAAGCGAGCCCACGCAAAAAUAACAGACGAAAAGGACGAAGACACGCCUGAAAAGUAUGCCGCCGCGUUGAGGAGCUUCAACUCCACCUGGCACACCGUCGCCUUCUUCCACAGCGUCAACGCCGUCUCGAACCUGUACAUUGCGACAAAGUACGUCUACUACGACAUCCACCAUCCCGGCAUCGGCACCCUCUGCGAGAUGCACGCCGUCAUCGUCUUCCUCAAGUGUGCCUCGUACGCCUUCACCAACCGCGACCUGCGUCACGCCUAUCUGCACCCCAAGCAAGCAGAGCCACUUCCUGCACUCUACAACUCCUGCCCGUAUCCCCAGAACAUCAACUUCAAGAACAUGUGCUACUUCUGGUGGGCGCCCACGCUCGUCUACCAGCCCGUCUAUCCACGCACCUCGCACAUCCGCUGGGGCUUUGUUUUCCGCCGCCUGCUGGAAGUCCUCGGCCUCAGCAUCGUCGUCUGGAUCGCCAGCGCCCAAUACGCCGCGCCCCUCCUCCAGAACUCGCUCGACAAGUUCCUCACGCUCAACCUCCCUGCCAUCCUCGAACGUGUCAUGAAGCUCAGCACCAUAAGCGUCUUCUGCUGGCUGUGCGGCUUCUUCGCCCUCUUCCAAUCCUCGCUCAACGCCCUUGCCGAAGUCAUGCGGUUCGGUGACCGCGAGUUCUACGGGCCUUGGUGGAACUCCAGCUCGAUACGUACCUACUGGACCACGUGGAACAAACCCGUCACCAACUUCAUGCGCCGCCACGUCUACUCCCCGCUCGUCGGUCGCGGCGUGCCUCCCCCUGUCGCCCAGAUCAUCGUCUUCCUCAUCUCCGGCGUCUUGCACGAGCUGCUCGUCGGCGUGCCAACCCACAAUGUCAUUGGCGUGGCGUUCGUUGGCAUGAUGACCCAGAUCCCGCUCAUUGCGCUGACCGACUAUCUUCAGAAGAUCAGGGGCAUCGACGGGAAAACGGCAGGCAACAUGAUCUUCUGGAUCAGCUUCUGCCUGGUGGGACAGCCGCUGGGCGCGUUGUUGUAUUUCUUCGCGUGGCAGGCCAAGUACGGGAGUGUGAGUAAGCAGUUCGAAGCGAGUAGAGCCGGGGGUAUGUUUUCCAGGCGGUAA